UAGCUAGUCUUUUUAAUUUUUUGGGUAUGGUUCUUUCUAGGUGUGUGGGAACGCAGGCAAGAUUGAAAAUGCACACGCGUUAAACGUUAAAUCCAUUUUUUUAUUAAGGAGAUACUAUAUCGUAUUGCAUUCCGUCUUUGCCCUCCUCUAAUCUAGCUAACGGUAGCCACUCACUCAUAAAUAGUUUAGGAGAGAUGAAUCAAGAUUGAAGUCUCAAUGGCAAAUUUUCUACUCCAUCUCCCAAACAAUUUCAGAGCAGUUUCCGUUUCUGCAUCUGCUUCCUCUAAUGGUCUCAUCCCUAAUCGAUUUUCUUCAAAUUUUGAGAAAAAGAAUACAGUUUUCGGAAUUAUCUUGACUCUUAGCGAUAGGAUUCUCGGCUUUCUUUGUUCCAGAUUCUGGGCAACUUGUGUGGCUAGUUACCCAUAAUUUAUCGAAUAUCCAUGUUUGCAAGAUUAUUGGACGCUGUAGUUACUGAGUUUAUUAUUAUAUCAUGCCACACCAGCUCCCUCUCUCUUUUCUUUUUUGUCUUUGUCUGCUAUAAUAAGCUCUGGAUUUCACAAAAUCUUGGGAUUCCCUUAUUUUAAUUUAGCUAGAGUGAUAAUCUUCUUCUUAAUUUUGGGGUAAAUUGUGUUCCUGUGUUUGUAUUGAUGUUCUCUUAGUGACUUAUGGGCUGCUAGAUUCUGUUUCAAAAUGUUAUCUUUGCAUUACUUUUGCAAAAAAUGUAUUCCAUACCAUAAUUUUCUUUUUUUCAAUUCCUUUGUAAGAAUCAUAGGUUUUCUGAUAAAUUGUAAUUAAAAGUUGACGCAAAAUGGCUUCUUAUUUGAUUAUGUGAUUACGUUCCUUUGUUUUCAAUUAAAUAUUGCUGCAGUCUCUAGGUGUAGUUGUGUUAGGAUCUUGAUUGAAUUAUGAUAUUUGACAUGGCAUUGAAAGUUGAGAUGAGUGGUAUAGUCAAUUGGUUUGUUGAAUGUUGCAAAUGUAAUGGUGUUGGUAAUGUAGGAUCAGGUCCUCAACAAGGGGGGCCAGUGAUUCUUGAACUUCCUCUGGAUAAAAUUCGGAGACCCCUCAUGCGUACGAGAGCCAACGACCCUCACAAAGUGAAACAACUCAUGGAUAGUAUUGCUGAAAUCGGGCUUCAAGUACCUAUUGACGUGCUUCUCGUAGAUGGUGAAUAUUAUGGUUUUUCAGGUUGCCACCGGUACGAAGCUCACCAACGGCUAGGGCUGCCAACCAUACGUUGCAAAGUUCGACGUGGGACAAAGGAAACUCUAAGGCAUCACCUUCGCUGACGGCUCGCCAUGUAGCAGAUGAUCAGUAGUGGAUGUACCUAUAUCUAGAUGCAAUCUUCUGUUGUACUAGUAAAUAAACUCUGUAUGGAUAAUCCAUGUAUAUAUGUAAAACAAUUUUCACUCUC